UCCGCCUGCAAGGAGUAUCUGAAGCUAUUAAUCAACAGAUUGCCAAGUACGACAGCAGUGAAUUCGACGACGACAAGGAGACCCAGGGCCAGGACGCCGAGGGUGUCUGGUCCCCCGACAUCGAGCAAAGCUUCCAGGAGGCCCUUGCCAUCUAUCCUCCAUGUGGCCGCCGAAAAAUUAUUCUCUCCGACGAGGGUAAAAUGUAUGGACGAAAUGAAUUAAUAGCUCGAUAUAUUAAACUUCGAACGGGAAAGACUCGAACUCGGAAGCAGGUGAGCUCGCAUAUCCAGGUUCUAGCGAGACGAAAAUUGCGAGAAAUCCAGGCCAAGCUAAAGGUUCCUGGUCCACACGGACACUCUUACCUAGAGCAGGCGCAUAAAGAGAAAGCGUUGCAGCAGAUGCAGCAGAUGAGCUCCGCCCAGAUAGUCUCCGCCUCCGCCCUGCACAACAGGGUGAUGCAUCCGCAUCAUCCAGGGUCACCGCAUCAUCCGCCUUCCCCGCAUCAUCCUCCUGUAUCAUAUCAUCAAUUCUGGCAACCUCAACUACAUCAUCCACAAGAAGAUGUGAAACCGUUUAUUCAGCAGCCUCCUUUCUCCCUGGGAGAGGUGAAACCUCCCAUGCCCUUGAUGUGCGGGACCCCGCCCCCCAUCACCCCCCACUGGUUGGGGAGAUCGAUUGCCACGAGCCGGUUGAGGUUGUUGGAGCACACAGCCUUCGUGGAGCAGGGUGAGGGUGAGGAGUAUCAACAGCAUUUCUUCGUUCAUAUCUCAAAUAAUGUUUCCUACACAGAUCCAGUUCUUGAGCCUGUAGAUGUUCGACAGAUCCAGGACAAGUUCCCGGAGAAGACCGGAGGGUUGAAGGACCUGUAUGAGAAGGGACCCAGAGAUGCGUUCUUCUUGGUCAAGUUCUGGGCGGAUCUUAACACUAAUAUUUCGGACGAAUCAGCUUUCUACGGAGUCAAUUCAACUUAUGAGAGUUCGGAGAAUAUGACGAUCCAAUGCUCCACGAAGGUCUGCAGCUUUGGCAAGCAGGUGGUGGAGAAGGUGGAGACUGAGCACGCCAGGUUUGAGGGCGGGAGGUACGUUUACAAGCUGCACAGAUCUCCGCUCUGUGAGUACAUGGUCAACUUCAUCCUCAAGCUGAAGCACCUGCCGGAGAAGUACAUGAUGAACAGUGUCCUAGAGAACUUCACGAUCUUACAGUGUUUAACAAACAGUGAAACCGGAGAGACAUUGCUCUGUACCGCGUACGUAUUUGAAGUUUCAACCAGUGAUCAUGGAGCCCAACAUCAUAUAUACAGACUUGUUCGAGAUUGAACACGUUUUACAAAAUUAAAUUAUAAGGAUUAAUGCAAUUUUCCGUCCAACACGCUUUCGAGGAAUCAUGAUCUCAAAAUUUUGAUAUUUUUCCCGCGUUUUUUUUAUUGACUGAGCUUCUGUGCCUGCAGUACGUUUGAAAACUGGAUCUCAUCGUGUGUUUACAAACAAAAAAGAUCUCAACAGUUUUAUGAUCAUUUAUAUUGGAACCAUUUAUAGAUAAAAAAGUUUGCAUUUGAAAUUUUUUUGGACUGAACUAAAAAAUACUGUUUUCUUCCCAUUUUUUUGUCAAUGAGCUAUCAAGAUUUUUUUCUACGUUUUAUGCUUUAUAAAAGUUUCAAAUAUUUUUUUAUACUUCAAAUGCAAAUUCAUUUUUAGAACCCAGGGUAGUUUUUUUUGUCUACGACAGAAGUAAAGUUGAAAGAUACAGGGUCAUUCACAAAGUAAGAAACCCCAGAUUUUAUUUCGCCUUUUACAAAUAUUCCGAAUUUUCUAAUUAACAAACUUAUUUAUUUGCCGCAUUUUUAAAUAAUUACAAAUUUAUUUUGUAUAAAGUUGUGGAUAACCCUGUAUUUGAAUUAAUUAAGACAAAUCUUAAAAAAAUAACAAUUUUAAAAAGAAUCCAAGAACCAUGAUCAUCCUUGUGCCAAUUAAUCUGAAAUGAAAACGCUUAAAGUUUUACUUGAUGAGGAAAUGUUAAGGAUUAUUUUUCUAUUCUCCCGGAAAAGGAUAUUUUUAGAAAAUGCAUAAUAUCAAAAUUUAGAAAUAUUCAUAAUAAUUAUUAAUAUUUGUAAAUGAAAAUAGUAUUUGCUGUGAUAUAGUUAAAUAUAUGAUAUUAUAUAAUAUUGUUUUAUACUUUUGUAAAUAAAUCAUUUCAUGCAUAUAAAAAGUUUAAAAGUUUUGUCAUUAAAUACAGUGAUGGCAAAAAAAAGUUUC